ACUUCACAGCCACGCUACCAGUACUUUCAUCAUAUUGCUGAACUACAUCAGCGACACGGCUUACGCAGCUGGGUUUCACAAAAUACACAAUCGCUUGGACGACUUUGACUGUAUACCUGAUUCAUACUUCGCAACACCACUCGCUGUCGCUGCUAUGGCCCAACAAAUAAACAUCCUCCUCACCACCUUCACUGGUUUGGGCCUCCCUCCCACUCUAUCUUUCGCAGUAUCAUCCUCCACUUCCGUUGCAAAACUAGGAGAAGCUAUUGCAGAGCAUCUACCAGCGAUCCCCUCCAGACUCAUUGUUACUACCAACCGAAAUAGACAACUCGAAUUCUGGUCCAGGGAAGAACCAAUCACUACCCUUCUCUCAUCACCAAACGAUACCUUCUUACCUCUGAGACUCUCUGUACCACUAUGUGGUGGCAAGGGCGGCUUUGGGUCACAGCUUCGCGCUGCUGGUGGCCGUAUGUCGUCCCGCAAGAAGAGAAAGCAGGGGGAUGAACAUGCUUCGAGCCGCAACCUCGAUGGUCGCAGACUACGCACUGUCGCUGAAGCCAAGGCUCUCGCAGAAUACCUUGCGAUCAAGCCCGAUAUGGAGAAGAAGGAGAAGGAAGAGCGUAAAAAGCGUUGGGAGAGCAUCGUGGAGAUGGCCGAUAAGCGCGAAGAGGAGAUUAGGAACGGCAGGGGAAGGCUGGAUGGCAAAUGGGUCGAGUCGAAAGAAGAGGCAUCAGAACGGACCAGAGAAGCAGUCCUAGCUGCUAUGAAAGCUGGGGAUAUUCAGGAUGCCUUGGGCGCCAAGGAGAGUGAUAGCUCUGGGGAAGCGUCUGGAACAAGUGAUGGCAGCGAUAGCGAAAUGGAAGUGGAGGAGUCGGGUGCGUCGAGCUCUAAGCCAGUGAAAUCUCAGACCGCCGCUAAGACUUUCUUUGGCUGGGAUGAUGAGGAUGAAGAUAUGAGCGAUGAAGACGAGGAGGCUGAUGUAGAGGAAUCAGGGCUGGCAGAAGCUGCAACGUCGGAUAAGGGAAAGGGAAAAGCGACUGAGUGAUGCUGGGGAUACAUGUCUCGACUUCUACAUUUAUGCAUAGCACGGGCGUUUGGAUCUGGUACCUAGAUACCCUAAUGAUUAAGAUAUUCAGUCUAAUCAAACAGUAUCACAAC